AUGGCAACUGGAUUGGGGUAUGGGGUGAUUAGUGAAGUGUCCUACAAAGUACCUUAUAAGUGGCAACAAUUUAAAGAAGUAAAGUGUGAUUUAGAUGUGUUUAGGAUGUUUUAUGACCACGAAGCUCAUGGAAAAAUGUCUGUUGUGAAAUUAUACAUUGUUGCACCUUUAUUGAAUGGGGCAGAGAAUGAGGUCAACUCAUAUGUUGAUUUAGGGUGGGAUUAUCUAAUGAGUGAUACCCAACUCAUUGCUCCUGUGUCAAGUGAUUUGGCGUUUACAAGCGACCUCGUCAAAUCUGAUGAUGAAUGUGUUGAUAGUGGUUAUAUGCACCAGGAUUACAUUGUUUCAAGGGAUUUUGGAGAAAAAGAACCGGAAUUAGGCAUAAAAUUUGGGUCAGCUGCUGAUUUUAGGUUGGCACUUAGGGAAAAUGCAUUGAAAAACAAGUUUGAUAUAAUGUUCACAAGGAAUGAUGGAGAUAGGGUAACUGCAGUGUGCAAGGCCUCAUCAACCUUCUUAGCAAACAAAUAUUGUGAACAACUAAGAUUGAACCCUAAGAUACCUGUGGGAACACUUAAGAGCACCAUUGCAUCUGAAAUGAACAUUAAUGUGUCCACAUAUAAAGUUUAUAGGGCUAAAAGAAAGGCAUUAGAAAUGAUUGAGGGGAAUGAUGCUGAGCAGUAUGGUAAAAUAAGGGAUUACUAUAGCUUGAUAUUGAGAACCACCUUGGCAGUGCCAUUAAUUAUUUUAGAUGGAUAUUUCCUAAAGGGUCCUUAUGGUGGUCAUCUACUGAGUGCAGUGUCCAUGGAUGGGAAUGGUCAAAUGUUUCCAGUUGCAAUUGCAGUGGUAGAAUCUGAGAUAAGAGAUUCUAAGAAAUGGUUUAUGCGAGAGUUGAUGGAUGCUGUAGGGCCAUACAAUGAUAUAACCUUCAUGUCUAAUAGGCAAAAGAAUAGGUAG